UGCUGAGUACAAUAAUAGAUUUGGCUGGAACCUGCCGCAGAGCCUGAUUAAAUAAAUAGUAUUGUGUCUCGCGGACUGGUGUCGUCUCCCUCACGUCUCGCGCCCGCGACGUAGAUUUUCUCUCCCUCUCACCUCUCUUUCGAACCGAAGGAAUCCCCUUUCACCCAUGCAAUUUCGUGGCUCUUGUGACAUAUAACCUUUCACCUUUUGCGCGACGAGAGGAUCGAAUUGUUACGUGCCUGAUUACGCGGGCAAUGUUUAAUGUCGUUCGCAGGCCCAACGACAUGGAAGGUCAACAGUUUUGUUUACGAUGGCACAACUUUCAAAAUACUCUCUUGAGCUCGCUUCCAAAGUUGCUCGACGGAGGUCAUCUGACAGACGUUACGCUCAGCGCCGGCGGUAGACACAUUCACGCUCACAGAAUCAUACUCUCGGCUUGUAGUUAUUACUUUAAAGAACUCUUUAAGGAUUUGAGCUCUUUGCAACAUCCUGUUAUUGUGCUGCCAGGCAUGGAAUAUGCAAAUCUAUGCGCUCUGGUCAAGUUUAUGUAUAAUGGAGAAGUGAAUAUUUAUCAAGAACAAUUACCAGCACUUUUAGCUAUGGCUGAUACAUUGCAUAUUUGUGGAUUAGCUGACAUGGCUGGGAAAAAUUCGAGACAGGAUAACGGCUUGUAUGUGCAGUCGCCAGUAUUGCAACCUCAGGAAAGAUUGAGCGAGGAGAUAGUAACGACGGAGUCGAAGGACAAUAUAAUAAUGGCUCCCGGAUCGUCGGAAUCCAUAUCAUUGCCUAAAGUGAUGGACAACAAUCUGGAGGACGAGGAGCCUAGCAACGAUCAAGAAAGUAUACCGUAUUGCGUGAAGACGAAGCCCUACUACUCGAUAAACGCGAAGCUAAACCAAAGGGAAAAAACGUCUGUUCCUGUUGGCGUGUCUGCUAACAAGUACAUCGAUAGAGGCUAUUCGGAGAGCAUAGUGGACGAGGCAGCGCCGACCGUGGAGGAUCAAGCCACGCCUGUGGAGGACGUAAAACCACCGCCUGCCGUGUGGGACGCGAGUUUCAAGUUGCUCGCGGCGUCCGCGCCCAGUAGGACUUCCCAGACUUACAACAAGUCCAGUGUCACUUGUCUUAUCUGUGGUAAACAAUUGAGCAAUCAGUACAACUUGCGAGUACACAUGGAGACGCAUAGCAAUAGCUCGUACAGCUGCACGUCGUGUUCGCACGUGUCGCGAUCGCGAGACGCUCUCAGGAAACACGUGUCCUACAGGCACCCGGUAGCUUCUUCUCAGAAACGUCCACGGUAUAGUACGUCGAAACCGUCAAUAAUAUGAUGGUAAAAGUCAUUAUUGUGUUAUUCUACAUAGACACUUUAACCCUCGCUAGGAUACCUUUCUAUUAAACUGUAUCUUUCUAUUAAAAAUUUAACUUUUUGCGUUGAAUUACACAAAAAGAGAAAGGAAAAAGAGAGAUUGAAAUGAAAAGAUAUUUUACCAAAUAUAUUUUAAAAAAUGAUAGAGCAUUGUUCUAAAUAUGUUGAAUUAGAGAAUAAUUUAGUAACAAAGUUCAUAGAAUGAAUAUGCCUACCUAUGAACGGUAGAUUACGAACAUAAUUGAAUUUGUAAGAGCAGCACCGGACUGAUUAAUGAUAAGACACAGUCAUAAUAACAUCUUCGUUAAGUGUACAAAGUAAAGUGUGAUCAUGUUCCUGAAGACCUUUAGUGUUCGAAUUGUUAUCGUUUUCUUGUUAUUGUUACAUCGUUUUAAUAAAGACAAAUUAGAUAAGUCGUGUGACUUUUAGUGCAAAUGCAAUAUCUUUACAUUUGUGCAAAAAAAAAAACAAAGCUGUGGCCGGUGAGCUGCAGAGUCUAAGGGGCCUAGCACAUAAAAAAAACGUGAGCAGUAAGAUGUCAACAUGUUUGAUUUGCUACUGCUUAUUGUUAUACAUUUUCGAUAUUUCGUACGAUUGGCCAACUCGUUUACUACUUACGUUUUCCUGUGUGCCGUGGCCCUCAGUUACAUGGGAUGUGAAUUAUUCUACUAAUAAAGUCGAUACAAAAGAUGCAAAAAGAGAUUGCAAUAUAAUUUUUUAAUCAUAUAUCAAGAAUUGUAUUAAAAAAUAAUAUACACAAUAUUUGUAGACUACGAAAUAAAUAAAAUGCCUCCAAAAUUGAGUUUCCUUAGAAGUGGCAAUAAAUUCUUCCAAAA